AGCUCACGUCCUCGCUUGGCACCUCCUCCACCUCCGCCAAAAAAGCCGGGGUUGUCACCAACGCCUCCGGAAAAGCCGCCUCGUGAACAAACCAGGAUUUCGGUGGAAGUUCCCUGCAGUGAAAUCUAUCAACAACUGCCGUCCCCUAAGGGUGAUCCCACACCCCAACCUCCCUCCACCAGUUGCGAUGAUGGACCGAUACCUAGAGUCCCGACGAUUCCACUUCCUCAGUCCUUCCAAGCUCAAUUUACUGAGGAGCGGACAUGGCGAAUAUGUGGCUAUGAAAGAAUCGAGCUUCCGACUAUGAAUCUCAGCCGGAAGAUUCAUGCCUUGCGAAAGAUAUCAAUAAUCCGUGCCGCUAAUUUCAUU